AUGACGGGAGUUUCAAUUUGUGAAACUACAAAAGCUAUUCGAAUGGAUGACGAAUGGUGGAAUGAUCGCAUUCAGGAAGUAUCUGAUGCGUCAAAACUCCGGGCACAUCCCUUCACUGAUAUCGACAUAUUGGAUCGACUUUUUGGAGAGAAUGAAACCGAUACUGUGAAUCUAGAAGAUGAUUCUGAUGCACCUUCAGGAAACCAAAAUGAAACAUCGUCUUCCUACAAUCAGAGUUCCAAACGGGUGUACGGAAACACUUCGCGUAGUUCAUCUUCAGCAUGCAAACGAGGAGCAACAAAGGUUUCACAUGACUUCGUGACAAAUGAGGCCUACAUGAAACAAACAGAAAUUUAUGAACGAGCCUAA